UUUUCUUUUUUUCUUCUGAAAGUUGGAAGCUUUUCGAAGAUCCUAGCUUUUCGCAUUCGUUAGCUUUUCGAAUUUGUUUGGUUCCCAAGAAGACAAGACUUGUGUCCCAGUUCUGCUUGCUCUCUCUGUCCUCUUUUCCUAACGGUAACAGUAACAGCACAGGGAAAAAGGCAGGGUGGAGGCUCUAGAUCAGGUGAUCCUAGCUUUUCUUCGCAGCCGGUUUGAUUUUUUUGUUUGACAUUCUGAAAACAUUUUGGCUUGCAGUGGAGGGGAGAAACAAAUGGAGGUAUUAUUAUACUCGAUCGAUUCGUUUCUUGAGGUGGUAUGCAAUGCAAUGGUGUGUGCUCCCCUUUCACCGCGCAAAAGAUGUGAGCUUUCCGACAUCUAGCUAGCUAGUACCAUCAGUCACCACGGGUCGCAGAAGAAACAAGAGGUUUGAGCUGUUUCUUUGGACCUGCGACAGAAAUGGAGAUAUUGAGAGUUAGAGCGGCCUACUUCUUAUUCUUCUCCUUGCUUGUGUCUGAGGUACUUGGGUCUUGUGCUUCCAUCAGUGAAGAAGGGAGAGCUCUUUUGAGAUUUAGAGAUAGCAUAGCAGAUGAUGGCAAGACCUUCUUACUCAAGGAUAACAAGCUGUCUGGGGAGAUGUCACCUGACUUGCAAAAACUUACAGCGAUCUCAGAUGCUCUUUCAGAUGGAGGGCUACAACCAUGCAGAAAAUGCUUAACAAAAACGAUUCAGGGUGUUAUACAAAGGCGACUCCUAAGGGAACAGCAAGGCCCGGCAUCUUCGACCCAAACAUCAGGAGAAAAACCACAUGUUGAUCCUCCGUUCAAUUCUACUGUUCAUGAGCUUGAAACUAGGAAGUUUGCGAUGUUACCUCACUGGGCAAUCUACACAUUGGCCAUCAGUGGAGCAGUUCUCCUUGUGGUUGUAGCUACUAUCAUAUAUCUACUCUUCUGUCGUCGAAAGAAGGAUACUACUGUCAUGCCAUGGUCUACUGGACUGAGUGGACCACUCACGAAAGCCUUUGUGGCAGGUGUGCCUUCUCUAGGAAGGGCAGAGCUUCAGGCAGCAUGCGAGGACUUUAUCAACGUGAUUGGCACUACAUCCGACUGCACAUUGUAUAAGGGAACUCUGUCAAGUGGAGUUGAAAUAGCUGUUGUCUCCUCUUCAGUCAACUCUGCCGAAGAUUGGUCAGAUCGGUCGGAGGAGCAAUUUAGGAACAAGAUCUCUGUGUUGUCCGGAGUGAACCAUAAGAACUUCAUGAACCUACUCGGUUACUGCGCGUGCGACGAGCCAUUCACCAGGAUGAUGGUGUUCGAAUAUGCGCCGUGUGGUUCCCUCUUUGAGCAUUUGCAUAUUAGAGAAGCAGAAGAUUUGGACUGGCCUACACGGUUGCGCAUCAUCAUGGGAGUAGCAUAUUGCUUGGAGCACAUGAGCCAGCUAGACCCUCCUGUCAUGCCAACAACCCUGAGCUCCUCAUCCAUCUACCUCACUGAGGACUACGCAGCCAAGAUCUCCGACAUCGAGUUCUGCAAGGACAACAAAGACGCAGCACAGCGAAACAAUAGUACUGAUCAACAGAACAUCGUGUACAAGUUCGGCAUCCUGUUGCUUGAGGUGAUCUCCGGUCGGCUGCCGUUCUCUGAAGACCAUAGCCUGCUCGUCCUGUGGGCUUCGAGCUACCUCGACGGCAAGAGGCCGCUCGGUGGCAUGGCUGACCCGACGCUGCGGUCGUCCGCGCCUAACAAGGAUGUAGCUGCGUUGUGCGAUGUCGUGAGAGUGUGCAUAAGCCCGGAGAGGGAGAAGAGACCGGCAAUGGCCGAGGUCGCGAGGCUGAUGAGAGGUGUCACCGCGAUGUCGCCGGAGCAGGCGACCCCGCGGGACAACCCCCUCUGGUGGGCCGAGCUUGAGAUUGCCUCGUCGGAGGCCGGGUGAAAUUCAGGACCAAAGGAGCAAGGAUAACUAUACUGAAUUUUCCUUUAUUCCGUUUUCAGUUGUUUUGAUGUAUAUUAUACUAUUCUCUCCUUUUCUUUUUC